AUCCAGGAGGAGGAGCUGCGGAGAUUCGCGUCCCGCGUCGCCGCCCUCCUGCAGGGCCCGGAGCCAGGCCCCGAGGCCGUGGACUGCCUCCAGAGGCUGCACCUCACCGUCGCCGCCACCAAGUACCCCCGCAAGCUAGAUGGCAAGUUUGUGGAGCUGUUGCAGACAGUGCUGUGUUCAUCCAAGUGCCCUGAGCAGGUUCAGAUGUUGUGUGCUGCCAUCCUGAGAGAGAUGUCGCCUUGCAAGGACCUGAUCCUCUCCUGCCGUGAGAUUCAAGAUACAAAGCUCUUGAGCCUGGUAUCCUCUGUCCUUUUGGCUCAGGGAAAUAAGAAGGCUGAAGUUUCUGCUGUGGGGCAGCGUAUUGUAGAAGUACUUGGAGGAAAGCUGCCUGAGGGUCAGAGUGCUCGGUACCUUCUUCCUGUCUUGUCAAAUGUCAUCAGUCUUUCACCAGAAUCUCUAACUGAAGAGCAGACCAAUGUGGUCAGUAAAAAGAUGACUGACUGGCUGAGGUAUGCAAGUGUGCAGCAAGGAGUUGCUCAACCCUCUGGAGGCUUCUUCUCCAGUCCCAGGACCAAACAGCCCAGUCCUGUCACAGAGAUGGAUGGUGCCAUUUCCACAGACUUCUUCACAGUGCUCUCGGUGGCUCAGUACUACACACAGGACCAGUGGCUCAACGUGCAAGCCUUCUCCAUGCUGCGAAAUUGGCUGCUGUGCUACGGGGGCAAGGGCUUGAAGACCCCAGAUGGCAAAUCAGGAAUGAGCAGGUCCGUUAUGUCCAUGAUCUCAACUACAUCCAGAUCUAGUCGCCAGCUUCCCCCAAAGGACCGUCUGCGGGAGAAAGCCUUUGAGUACUGCCAGCGGCUUAUUGAGCAGAGCAACCGGCGACCCCUGAGGAAAGAUGAUGGAGACCUGCAGAAAGCUUGUCUCACUGAGGCGGUGACAAUCAUGGACAUCAUCUGCAAACAGGAGUCCUCCUACGUUCACCGCGCAGCUUCCUUCCUGAAGAUCCUGCACAGCAGAAUCAGUGGGGAUGCCACUUAUGCCAGGGCACUGCUGCCCAUUGCCCAGUUCUUCCUGCACCAUGGCAAAAUGGCAGCUGUGGACUCCGAUGCAAUCUACAAACAUUUAUUCACUGAUAUCCCGGCUCAGCUCUUCCACAACCCAUCCCUGGCCUUUGAAUUUGUCCAGUUCUGCAAAGACAACACCCAGCUCUUCACUGAGACCUCCAGCAUAUUCAGGCAGAGCUUCCCAAAUCUCUUCAAGUUCCUGGCAUGGAACAGCCCACCCCUUAUCUCUGAGUUUGUGGACCUUCUCCCAUUUCUGCUGGAUACAAGCACAGCCAUUGAGAUUUUCCAUUUGCUGCUCGACUUGCCCUGUUUGACAGCAGCUCUGGAUAUCCAGCUGAGGUCAACUGCUCUUCCUACCUCCGAGAGGGCUGCCAGCAACCCAGCUGUGAAGCCGGCCACCUGUCUGGAAGCCUUUCACCAUCCCCUCUACAAGAGCAUGUUCCAGUAUCUCCUCCGCACCAAGUCUACCCCUGAGGAUGCCCCAGAGAGGCUGAUUCCACUUCGGCAGCUGCUGGGAUCCCUGGCCAGCAGCCCAAGGGUCGUGCAAUGUGCGGAGACUGUCCCUGUCUUACUGGAGCUCUUUUUCAGAGUGGUGGCAGAGUUUGCAGAUGGGCCGCUGAUGAACCAGCUGGUGGUGCUGCUGCUGCAGAGGAGCGACCAGCUCUAUGAGAUCCCAGCAUUUAAAGAUGACGUGUACAGAGUGCUGAGCUCACAGCUGGUGAUGCUCUGCAAGCUGCACCCUGCGCUCAUCGUGGAACUGCCCACGGAGAUUCUGGACUUCUUGGGAACAGUCAGCAACAUCCAGAACAAGGAGGCCAUUUUCACCCACAUGGUCUGGGCUGUUGGAGAGUACAUGUCUGUGUCCUAUGACAAGCGCUGCACUGUGGAGCAGAUCAACCGGUUCUUUGAGGCUCUAGAGACCGUGCUAUUUGAAAUCACCCAGCUCCGACCUCUGGCCAGCACCCCCAGCUAUGCACCCCGUGCCAUCAGUGUCCUUAUGGCCACCUUGACCAAGUUGGCCACCCGCAGCCAGGACUUGAUCCCCAGAGUGUCCAUGUUCCUGUCCAAGAUGAGGACAUUUGUGCAGAACCCUGCUGUCACCUCUGUUUACUGUGAGGAGGACCUUGAGGAGAUCCUGAUCCGGGCAACUGAGCUCAUGAACCUACUGAAAAUGCCAAACGUGGCUCAGUUUGUGUCCACGCCGCCUGUAGACGUGGCCAGCACACGGUUUCAGAGAGAGGUGAAUGCCUCCCUCCCUUUUGCCUUGAGGAUAGUCACCCGGCUCCUGGAGCCAGCUCCUGGGUUCAUGCCAGGGUGAGGACGUGAGGUUUCUGAAAGGCUCCAGGCUCUGCUGUAACUCAUCAGAUGCUGCUGACGCUUACGGCUGAGACCCUGCUCUGAACUGGAAAUGAGGAACAAAUGGUUGUGAAUGAAACGGAAAACAGGAAUAAGAUGAGCUGAGGCAGCUCUUCUGGUCUGAGGCUGUUUGUAUUUCUGUCUCCUAGUGCCUGUUGCUUUUCUAUCUCCUAAGCUUGUCUUAUCUCUCCCUGGCCAGUAUGCAUUGAAAAUCCCAGUGGAUUUGUG